AUGCACACUGGUGAAAAAUCUUUCAAUUGCGAAAUAUGUGGAAAGAAAUUUUCUCACAAUUCGCGCCUUGUUGUUCAUAUGCGUAGCCACACGGGAGAGAAACCUUUCCACUGCGACACGUGUGGAAAAUCAUUUGUGAAUAACAGUUUGUUAACAAAACACAAGAGAAUCCACACUGGAGAACAACAGUCUUUUGACUGUGAAAUUUGUGGAAAAUCAUUCACUGAGAGCUCUCGCCUUGUUUCCCACAUACAUAGUCACACCGGAGAGAAACCCUUCCACUGUGAAGUGUGUGGACAGUCGUUUGUUAAUAAUGGUUAUUUAACAAGGCACAAAAGGAAUCACUGUGGAGAAAAACUAUUUCGAUGUGAAAUAUGUGGGAAAUCGUUUCCUCAGAAUUCGAAACUUGUUAUCCACAUACGUAGCCACACUGGGGAAAAACCUUACCACUGUGAAAUAUGCAGUAAAUCAUUUGUUCAUAGUAGUAAUUUAGUAACGCACAAAAGAAUUCACUCUAGAAAUAAACUUUACCAUUGUGAAGCAUGUGGGAGAGGAUUCGUCAGUAAUAGUUAUUUAACAAAGCACAAAUGCAUGUACAGUGGAGAAAAACCUUUCCACUGUGAUAUAUGUGGAAAAUUGUUUGUUGAUAGGAGUAAUUUAACCAGUCACAAACGAAUCCACACUGGAGAAAAACCAUUCCAUUGUGAAGUGUGUGGAAAAUCAUUCAGGAAAAACUCGCUGCUUGUUGUCCAUAUACUAUGUGGAAAAUCAUUCUGGAAAAACUCGCUGCUUGUUACCCAUAUACGGAGUCAUACAGGAGAGAAACCUUACCAUUGUGAUAUAUGUGGGAAGUUCUUCAGUGCCAAUUCUCGUCUUCUAGUUCACAAAAGAAUUCACACUGAAGGAAAACCAUAUCAUUGUAAUAUUUGUGGAAAAUCCUUCACUUUGAAUUACUAUCUUGUUAGUCAUAAAAAGGUACACACCGGAGAAAAACCAUUCCACUGUGAAAUCUGUGGAAAAACCUUUUUUAAUAAAUCACAUCUUGUUAGUCACAAAAGAGUACACACUGGAGAAAAACCAUCCCAUUGUGAUAUUUGUGGCAAAUAUUUUUACUCUAGCAGUAAUUUAGCAAGACACAAAUUACUACAUAUGGGGAAAAAAGCGUUCCGCUGUGAAAUAUGUGGGAAAACUUAUGUGAAUAAUAGUGAUUUAAGAAGACAUAGGAGAAAACAUGGUGGAGAAAAAACAUUUCACUGUGAAAUUUGCGGGAAAUCGUUCUUCGAUAAUUCUGAUCUUAUUGUUCAUAUUCGUAGUCACACUGGAGAAAGGCCCUAUCAUUGUGAAAUGUGUGAAAAAUCAUUCAUCUGUAAGAGUCACUUGAACAAACACAAACGAACCCACACUGAAGAAAAGGAUUUUUAA